AUGGGGAAGCGCUACCGUGCGUGCGAAGCCUGCCACACCCUAAAGAUCAAAUGCGAGCCCUCGCUCACCGGGCCAGGAUGCUGUGAGCGCUGCGUCCGCACCACCACCGUGUGCGUGCCCGCCGCCCGACGCUGGCAGCGGGACAGGAUCCAGGAGCUCGAGGCACAGGUCGCCCAGCUACAGCUCGCCCUCGACGAGACGCGCAACGCAUCCGUCUCCGUGUCCGCUGGCCGGAGCACCGUCCACGAGGGACCCGUGGCCGGACGCUCUACAAGGGCCACAUCUGUCGGGUCCAGUGAGCAGGAGCCCGCCAGCCCUGGAGACGACAUCCUCACGUUCUUGGACGCCAACGUCGACCUCUCCACGCAGGCGCGCGCCCUCGAUGUGUACAGGCAACAUGUAGACUCGCUGUGGCCCAUGAUCUCACUCGGCGCGCACGCAGACUCCAUGAGGGGCGAGUUUCCCAUCACCCUCGUCGCCAUCCUGGCGUUUGCCCUCCCUUGCCACGACGCACAGAUCGACCCCCAAACGCAACAGGUUCUGCGCCAAAGGGUUGCCGACGUGCUGGGCGCGGCCAUGGUGGGGACCCAGCAGGCGUGUUCCCACGAUCUGAUCCAGGCGUCCCUGGUCGCCGCCUUUUGGGUACGACCGGCCUUUGACGCCAACUGCUACCGCUUGAUGGCCCUGGCCAUGGACAUGGGCGUCGACUUUGGCCUCGGGGGCGACUCCAUGCCAAGCUCGCCGCCCACGUGGUUCGCUCGACAUCGUGGCCCUCUCACGCCGGGCAUGGCGCGGUCGUGGCUCGCUGCGUACGUCGGCUCUAGACUCGCCUCCAUCAGCACAAGAACAGGACGCGCACUACUGGGGCCCCCAGAGGGAAAUCACUUACUCCUCGAGAUCACCCGGAUCGCGCACCUGCAAGCCACGCUCGCCAACGAGCUCGCGCGCUCGGCCUUGCGCGAGCGACUGGAGGGGAUAGAGAGAAACCUGCCACCAUGGCUCGCGGAGGACCACCAGCUGCGCUUCCUGCGACUGCAGAGCGUCAUCCUCAGCAACGAGCCGGUCCUGCACACGACAAGCAACAAGCCUUUCUUUGCCGCGCCGUACAUUGCGGCCCGCAUCGGCGUGCAUGACUUUGCCUGUCCCGGCGAGAUCACACCGGUCGUCCAGGAGGCCCUCCUCUCGCUGGUGCGGGCCUGCCAUGCUGCCAUUGACAUUGUCACACACAUGCCACCCGCGCAGCUUCUCACCCUGACGACGCUCUGCUUUGCGUCGUCCAUUACUUACAAUCUCGCCUUGCUUGUCAAGGUGCACAUGGCCGUCUCCGCGCCGGGCAACAGCUACGGGCGGAUCAUGACCCGCCAGCAGCUCAACGUGCGGCAGGCCAUGGACAAGCUCAAGCAGGUCAACGCAGCCCUGGUCGCGCUCGAUCCGCACAUGAACAACUGGAACACGAGGAUCAUUGGCGCAGGAGCCUGGCUGGAGACCUGGUUGGUGGACUACGACAGAAUCGUCCAGCGGUUCGAGGACACCCUGCAACGGGGAGCAGCCAAGGAGGCCAUGGACAGUCUAAGCCCCGAUGGAUUCUUCUGA